ACUGGUGCCUCCUGCAUUAAGCUAUUUUGUGCAUAACAUGGAGGAAUGAUGUUUGCAGAGAAAGUUCCCGCUCUGUCGAUAACAUGGAAUCGGAGAGAUCAUAUAUAUGCUUGCCAGCUUGUUUAUUUUGUUAUAGUUGGUGGAUGUCACUCUCGUUUCUCAUGUUUGGUUGUGUGCUGCACACACGCACCCCAGAAAUUAAGAUGGUAGAAAUUUGACGGUGUUUGCAUUUCAUCUAGAAUUGGUUUAGGCCUGUGACUGAGUAUGCUUAGAUGACUUGGUUAGUUUAUGUGCAAUGGAAUGGAAGAAUGCUUUUAUUGUACCUUGGCUUUCUUGUCAUUGGAAAUCAAAUAGAAAUUAGUGGUGUCAAUCUCACAAGGUAUCGCUAAUGUUAAAUCAGAUUUGAGGCCAGAGUUGACUUGCUUGGCUGGUGAGUGUAUAUAUAUGGUUCAUCGUCAGGCUUCACCCCAAACAUAACAAUCACGUACCACGCGCGCGCACACACACACUCACUCACUCACACACAUAAACAAUGUAUCAUCACUCUUCUUCCUCUUCCUAUUAUUGUCAGGGCAGCAAUGGCUUCCUCCCCUCUCAACAAUCUGCCUCCAGCUAUAGCGAUCUGUUACAAGCAGAGCAGCAGCACUACUACUCCCAGCGGCAGCAGCAGCAGGAACCCAUGCAAGCCCAGGCGUUGUUCCGCCGUGUGCUGAGCACCGGAGACCUCGGGACGCCGCCUUCGGCACCGGUUGCUGGGAAGUACAGCAUGGAGGAACGGCGGGAGCGCAUCGAGAAGUACAGGAACAAGCGCAACCAGCGCAACUUCCAAAAGAAGAUCACCUAUGCUUGUCGGAAGACUCUCGCCGACAGCAGACCGAGAGUGAAGGGCCGCUUCGCGCGCAACGUCGACGAUGUUUCAGAUCAGCAGGAAGAUGCAGCAACGUCGGAGGUGUCGUCUAUAGAUUCUCUGGUGAUGAAUGAAGCCAACGUUGUGGUCAAUGCCACGGAUGCUGCCAGCAGCAGCAGCAUGCCGGAGUGGUGGCCGGCAAUGCAGGGGGCGCUGGAAAUGGAGGAUGAGGAGCUCUACCUCGCCGUUUCCACCAUCAACCUCUACUAGCAACCAUGCAUGGAACCAGAUGCAACCAUCAACCAAACUUAGGUGUUUUACCAGCUUAAUUACAAUGUCAUAUGUUUAGUGUCUCAUGUCGAGUUUGUACUAAUGUUUUAGCCCAGUUUUCCUUUCUGUCGCAGUUAUUUCAAGGCAUUCACUGACUGCGUACUACAACUAAGAUUAGCUUUUCUGGAAAUUAAACACUAUGAAAAUAAACUAUAUAUCAUGCCUUCUCCUC